UAUUAAACGACCCAGACCCCUCAACCCACGCAGAUAAACUCCUAGAAAUAAUCAAGGUACGACCUGUCUGCCCUGUUCAAACGCCAAGGUCGGGUUCUGUCCCAAAUGGCCUCUGUUUAAACACCGAGUGCUCCGAAUAGGGUGUAGUAGGCGUUAUUACACAGACUAGUGCACUUGUACAGAGAGGAGGAGGAUUAGGGACGUGGCCAGCCCCCAGGCGCACUAGGUGUUGCCAGAUUGAUGGAUUUCCUUCUAUGUGUCAUGUUCAGAGAAAUCCCGUCGCGCUGGCGUACAUGUUAUUGAGGAAUACCUGAAACAGGAAUAUUACUAAGCGUCUGUUUUCGCUUGGUGUGUUUAAAACAAUAAUUUAGCAAGAAAUAUUCAUUCCGAUCUGGCAACUCCAGUGAAACUACAGAUGUUCAAAACGCCGAUUCAACAGGAGAGUGGAGUGGAGUAGAGGAGAACAUCCGUGUGUGUGUGUGGUAGUCGUGUUAAAAACAUGAAGCCGAGGAAUGAAGUACAGAAGCCGAUUCGGUUGAUGGCGGCAGCGUGCAGAAAUAUGGGAAUAGGCAAGGACGGUCGCCUUCCGUGGAAUCUUCCGACAGAGUUUCAGUUCUUUUUGAAUACCAUCACAGCUGUGUGUAAAUCAGGAAAGAAGAACCUGAUCAUAUGGGGUAAAUACAGCUGGUUCUCCUGCCCAGAGAGUGUUUUCCCCCUGGCCAACAGUCUCCAUGUGGUUCUGAGCAAAAAGCUGAUGUCUGUCCCAAAGCGUGCUCACUACGUGUGUGAGGACUUUGUCAGUGCCGUUAAAUUGGCCUCUCAUCCUCCUCUUAAUGAUCUUAUAGAAACCAUCUGGAUCUUAGGAGGAACGCAGGUGUACAAGGAAGCUCUGGAGCACCCUUGGUGUGACCUCAUCUACCUCACUGACAUCAUGGCUGACUUUGACUGUAAUGUUUUUUUCCCAAGUUUUGACCAAAAUUUUUACAGGAAACAAAAUAAGUUCCCUGGUGUGCCAAAUGAGAUUCAAGAAGAAAAUGGAAUCAAAUUUCGAUUUCAAGUCUUCAUGAAAGAAAGCUGACCAUGUUAGCUACAAUAAAAAGUUGAAAGUGCUAUUUCUGGCAAGACAUAAUCUGUCUUAUUGUGCUCACUGAAUUAGUGACUCAAAAAUAAAAACUGUAUUUGUAACUGUA